AUGCGUCUCUUCCCCGGUGGCGUGAUCGGCUCAUCGUCCGCGCUGGUUGCAUUGUUCUCGGCCCCCGAGGCCGUGGACGAGCUGCCGUCCCUGACUCGGCUUGCUCCAACCUGGUUCCGCUCGACAGCUGUGGCUGCCGUGGGCGUCUACCCCCAGUCACGGACGGAGGCCUUUGCCUACGGAAGGCUGCUGGAGCGAUUGGUCGUUGCAGAGGCCCGCGGCGAUGGAAAGGCGAUUGAUGAGGUGCUUGCGGCUGCCGCUGUGCUUGCGGGGCGCGUAGUGACUGCGCGCGAGGUCAAGGCCAUCGAGGACAACACAGUGGCGGUCGAGUCCCGCCGCGGACCACUGAGCGUAGCGCUGGGCAUGCUCUCGCUGGUCAACAUCAUGUGGCUAGUGUCGAUCUUUGGCAUUGCCGCCUUUUUGCUCCCGGCGCUCGCCAUCUGCGUCCGCCCGCUCGUCGCCGCCCUGAUCUCCGUCUUCACCCGCUGGAUCCUCCCGAUGCUCAUUGCGCUGCAGCCAGUCUACGAGCUGGCGAUGUACGCAUUUGCGGUCUUGCUGCUCGCAGAAGGUCUACGCAUGCCGCCCGAGACCGGCGUUAUGAUUGCGCUCACCGGUGUUGUCCUCGCCGUCCCGGCCUUUGUGUACUCGACGUACUUGCACACGCACGCAAAGACGUCGAUGAGUGCAUUCUCGACGUGGGUGAGCGUGUUGUGCACCGUCUGGUUUGUUGUUCCGGCCAUCCACUUUGAUGACGCUCUCAUGGCGUGGAUUGCAGUGGCCUCGUUCUACUCGGCGGUCGGGUUCUCAGUCGUCCCGCUCGGCCUCAGGUACCUUGUGGGCUUCCACUCGCCAGAGACCAUGGUCCGGGUCUCGAUCACGUCGACUAUUGUGCUCGGAACCUUUGCGGCACUGAGAGUUUGCGGGGCUGAGUAUGCGGCGAUGCAGCUGCUCGCUGCACCCACGUCUGUCUUUGGCACGCUCACGCUCCUCCUCGCGCAGCUCAUUGCCUCAUCGCGGUUCUACGCUUGGUGGUCGUUGCCGUACUAUGUGCGGCAGCUGACGAUGAUUGCCACGCUGGGAGUCCUGCUCGGCUUUGGGGCCAUCGGCGGCUCACCGGGCAUGUUCAACACGGCAACGACGUUUACCGUGCUGUACGUGGUGGAAAAGGUGCUCGAGCUCGAGUUCCUCUGGUCGUCCAGCAUCGCGCCGCUCACCAUUCUCGCCAUUUUUGUCGCCAUGUACGCCGCCUCGCUCUUCCUCGCAUCACAUCCGGGCUGGCUCGUCUCGAUUGCGUUCAACCUGUAG